UACAACAUGGAGUUCACAGAGUGUAGCAGCUCAUGUCCUGACAGCUGCUCCAACCCUCAGGCCAGCCAGACAUGCGACAGUCACUGCCAGGAUGGCUGCAGUUGCCCUGCUGGAACGGUCUUCGAUGAUAUCAGUAACACUGGCUGUAUUACAGCAGAGCAGUGUCCAUGUACACACAACGGCAAAGCCUAUAAGUCAGGAGAGUCUUACUCUUUCAACUGUAGAUCCUGUGUGUGUCAGAGUGGCCAAUGGAAAUGUACAGAGGAGAACUGUCCAGGAACCUGCUCUGUGGAGGGAGGAGCCCACAUCAACACCUUUGAUGGGAAAGUCUAUACCUUCCAUGGGGACUGCUCCUAUGUUAUGGCUAAGCAAAGUAAUGGCUCUGCAUACACUGUACUGGUGGACCUGGUCAAGUGUGGUCUGGCUGACAGUAGGACCUGCCUCAGAGCUGUAACUCUGGCCUUAUAUGGAAAUUCUGUGGUUGUGAAAAUUCAGGCAUCUGGACAGGUCUAUGUGAACCAGAUUGUGUCUCAGCUGCCACUGUUUACACCUGAGCUGAGUGCCUUCAGGCCAUCAUCUUUCUACAUCGUCAUCAACACCAAGGUGGGCAUACAAAUGAUGGUCCAGCUGUCUCCCAUGAUGCAGGUCUUCAUCUCAGCUCACCCUUCACUCAAAGGAACCACCUCUGGUUUGUGUGGGAACUUCAACAACAAAAUGAGUGAUGAUUUCAGGGUGAUGAAUGGGCUGGUGGAGGGUACUGCUGCAGCCUUUGCCAACACUUGGAAAACCAGAGCCAAUUGCCCUGAUGUCACCUCACGCUUUGGACACCCCUGUAGCCAGGGCAUCAGCAAGGAGAGUUAUGCCCAGUACUGGUGCUCCAAGUUAACAGAUCCCAAGGGAGUGUUUGCUCGUUGCCACUCUGUCAUCAGUCCUGACAUAUACAAAGAUAACUGCAUGUAUGACAGCUGUAACUGUGAGAAAAGUGAGGACUGCAUGUGUACUGCAGUGUCCUCCUAUGUCUAUGCCUGUUCAGCAGCAGGAAUCCAUAUCACCGGCUGGAGGGCAACCAUCUGUGGUAAAUUCAGCACAUCUUGUCCUGCUGGAUCAGUGUAUGACUACAAAAUGACCUGCUGUGGUCGUACCUGCCAUUCCCUCAGUCAGGUUGACUACUCCUGCCAGACCAGCUUCACCACAGUGGAUGGCUGUGGCUGUGCCGAGGGAACCUAUAUGAACGAGGAAGGCCAGUGUGUGGCCAAGACAAGCUGUCCCUGCUAUGAUAAAGAUACCAUUAUUCCUGCUGGACAGGCUAUCACCAAAGAUGGCGCCACAUGCAUCUGCAGACAAGGAGCUCUCAGCUGCUCAGGAGGGAAACGACCACAAUCCUCUACAACAUGCAUUGCCCCCAUGGUUUACUUUGACUGCUCCACUGCUCAGCCUGGGACAACUGGGACUGAGUGUCAGAAGAGCUGCAACUCUCUGGACAUGGGUUGUAUCAGUACUGGCUGUAUAUCAGGCUGUAUGUGCCCUGAUGGCCUGGUGUCAGAUGGAUCAGGAGGUUGUAUCAAAGAGACCAACUGUCCAUGUCUGCACAAUGGACAGGUGUACCAGCCUGGACAGACGCUGACUGUGGACUGCAACACCUGCUAUUGCAGUGGCAAGACAUUCAGAUGUACCACCAACGUGUGUGAUGCAGUUUGUGGGAUCUAUGGUGAUGGCCACUACACCACAUUUGAUGAUAAGAGGUUUGACUUCAAUGGACAGUGUGAAUAUACACUCCUCCAGGACUACUGUGGUUCUAGUCAGGGCAGUGGAAGCUUCCGAAUUAUCACUGAGAAUGUUCCAUGUGGGAGCACAGGAACCACCUGCUCCAAGACCAUCAAGAUUUUUGUUGGGGAUAAUGAAUUCCAGCUUAAAGAUGAGAACUUCCAGGUGGUAAAGGGCAGCAGCCAGGUGUUACCUUCUCAGUUACAGAAGAUGGGUAUUUAUCUGGUAUUGACGGUCAAACCAGGACUUGUGCUCAUGUGGGACCAGAAGACCAGUCUUUUUAUUAAACUCAGUCCAAAGUAUGAGGGUAAAGUAUGUGGUCUGUGUGGAAACUACGAUGGUAACAGUAAGAAUGACUUCACCACACGCUCCCAGGAGACAGUAGCAGAUGUUUUACAAUUUGGCAAUAGUUGGAAAGCUUCAUCCAGUUGCCCCAAUGCCCAACUCCUCACUGAUCCCUGUGCUUCCAACCGCUACCGGGCAGCCUGGUCCCAGAAACAGUGUAGCAUCAUCACCAGUGCCACCUUCAAGAGCUGUCAUUCAAAGGUUGACCCAGGGCCAUUCUUCGAUUCUUGUGUGAGAGACUCUUGUGCUUGUGACACCGGUGGGGACUGUGAGUGUCUCUGCACUGCUGUGGCUGCCUACGCCAAAGUUUGUAAUGAAGCUGGAGCGUGUGUGAAAUGGAGAACUCCCAAGCUGUGCCCUAUUUUCUGUGACUACUAUAACUCCCCUAAUGGCUGUGAGUGGCACUACAAGCCUUGUGGCGCUGACUGCAUGAAGACAUGUAGGAAUCCAUCAGGAAACUGUUCCAACCUCAUCAAUGCCCUGGAAGGCUGCUAUCCACAGUGUCCUCCAACCCAGCCAUUCUUUGAUGAAGACACAAUGAAGUGUGUCACCUGGGGCCAAUGUGGCUGCUAUGAUGACAAAGGCACCCAUUACAGCAUUGGAGAGAAGGUUCCGUCAGACGAAUGUACCACUUGCUCCUGCACAGUCUCUGGAAUAAGGUGCAACUACGAUGUGAACUUUUGCACAUGCUUCAUUAAUGGAAAAAUCUACAAAUAUGGGGCUACCGUCUACAACACAACGGAUGGAUUAGGACACUGCAUCACAGCUGUGUGUGGCCCAAAUGGCACCAUAAUCAGAAACAUCUUCCCAUGCUUAACCACGACCACUGCUGUCCCGACAACAACUCCCUUUAGAUUCAGCACGGCUAUAAAAACAACGCCAGGAACUACCACCAAACCUGGAGAAACAACCAUAUCAGAGGAAACAACAAUAAAGGUUGAGACAACAAAACCACCUAAAAUAGUGACCACUGGCCCAGUCACAACCGCCACCACCGGUGUUGUUGAAACUACAACUUCAUUCCCAGGGGAAACAACCAAGAGUCAAGAAACAACAGUGGUUACAUCCAAACCCUCUGUUCUUACCACCACUACAAAAAGACCAUCAAUAACUACGAAAGGAACUACCACCAAACCUGGAGAAACAACCGUAUCAGAGGAAACAACAAUACAGGUUGAGACAACAAAACCACCUAAAAUAGUCACCACUGGCCCAGUCACAACCGCCACCACUGGUGUUGUUGAAACUACAACUUCAUUCCCAGGGGAAACAACCAAGAGUCAAGAAACAACAGUGGUUACAUCCAAACCCUCUGUUCUUACCACCACUACAAAAAGACCAUCAAUAACAACAAAAGGAACUACCACCAAACCUGGAGAAACAACCAUAUCAGAGGAAACAACAAUACAGGUUGAGACAACAAAACCACCUAAAAUAGUCACCACUGGCCCAGUCACAACCGCCACCACCGGUGUUGUUGAAACUACAACUUCAUUCCCAGGGGAAACAACCAAGAGUCAAGAAACAACAGUGGUUACAUCCAAACCCUCUGUUCUUACCACCACUACAAAAGGACCAUCAAUAACAACGGAAGGAACUACCACCAAACCUGGAGAAACAACCGUAUCAGAGGAAACAACAAUAAAGGUUGAGACAACAAAACCACCUAAAAUAGUCACCACUGGCCCAGUCACAACCGCCACCACCGGUGUUGUUGAAACUACAACUUCAUUCCCAGGGGAAACAACCAAUAGUCAAGAAACAACAGUGGUUACAUCCAAACCCUCUGUUCUUACCACCACUACAAAAGGACCAUCAAUAACAACAAAAGGAACUACCACCAAACCUGGAGAAACAACCAUAUCAGAGGAAACAACAAUACAGGUUGAGACAACAAAACCAUCUAAAAUAGUCACCACAGGCCCAGUCACAACUGCCACCACUAGUGUUGUUGAAACUACAACUUCAUUCCCAGGGGAGACAACCAAGAGUAAAGAAACAACAGUGGUUACAUCCAAACCCUCUGUUCUUACCACCACUACAAAAACACCAUCAAUAACUACCAAAGGAACUACCACCAAACCUGGAGAAACAACCAUAUCAGAGGAAACAACAAUAAAGGUUGAGACAACAAAACCACCUAAAAUAGUCACCACUGGCCCAGUCACAACCGCCACCACUGGUGUUGUUGAAACUACAACUUCAUUCCCAGGGGAAACAACCAAGAGUCAAGAAACAACAGUGGUUACAUCCAAACCCUCUGUUCUUACCACCACUACAAAAGGACCAUCAAUAACAACAAAAGGAACUACCACCAAACCUGGAGAAACAACCAUAUCAGAGGAAACAACAAUAAAGGUUGAGACAACAAAACCACCUAAAAUAGUGACCACUGGCCCAGUCACAACCGCCACCACCGGUGUUGUUGAAACUACAACUUCAUUCCCAGGGGAAACAACCAAGAAUCAAGAAACAACAAGUCAAGAAACAACAGUGGUUACAUCCAAACCCUCUGUUCUUACCACCACUACAAAAGGACCAUCAAUAACAACGGAAGGAACUACCACCAAACCUGGAGAAACAACCGUAUCAGAGGAAACAACAAUAAAGGUUGAGACAACAAAACCACCUAAAAUAGUCACCACUGGCCCAGUCACAACCGCCACCACCGGUGUUGUUGAAACUACAACUUCAUUCCCAGGGGAAACAACCAAUAGUCAAGAAACAACAGUGGUUACAUCCAAACCCUCUGUUCUUACCACCACUACAAAAGGACCAUCAAUAACAACAAAAGGAACUACCACCAAACCUGGAGAAACAACCAUAUCAGAGGAAACAACAAUACAGGUUGAGACAACAAAACCACCUAAAAUAGUGACCACUGGCCCAGUCACAACCGCCACCACCGGUGUUGUUGAAACUACAACUUCAUUCCCAGGGGAAACAACCAAGAUCACAACCGCCACCACUGGUGUUGUUGAAACUACAACUUCAUUCCCAGGGGAAACAACCAAGAGUCAAGAAACAACAGUGGUUACAUCCAAACCCUCUGUUCUUACCACCACUACAAAAGGACCAUCAAUAACAACAAAAGGAACUACCACCAAACCUGGAGAAACAACCAUAUCAGAGGAAACAACAAUACAGGUUGAGACAACAAAACCACCUAAAAUAGUGACCACUGGCCCAGUCACAACCGCCACCACCGGUGUUGUUGAAACUACAACUUCAUUCCCAGGGGAAACAACCAAGAUUACAACCGCCACCACCGGUGUUGUGGAAACUACAACUUCAUUCCCAGGGGAAACAACCAAGAAUCAAGAAACAACAGUGGUUACAUCCAAACCCUCUGUUCUUACCACCACUACAAAAGGACCAUCAAUAACUACGAAAGGAACUACCACCAAACCUGGAGAAACAACCAUAUCAAAGGAAACAACAAUACAGGUUGAGACAACAAAACCACCUAAAUUAGUCACCACUGGCCCAGUCACAACCGCCACCACCGGUGUUGUUGAAACUACAACUUCAUUCCCAGGGGAAACAACCAAGAGUCAAGAAACAACAGUGGUUACAUCCAAACCCUCUGUUCUUACCACCACUACAAAAGAACCAUCAAUAACUACGAAAGGAACUACCACCAAACCUGGAGAAACAACCAUAUCAGAGGAAACAACAAUACAGGUUGAGACAACAAAACCACCUAAAAUAGUCACCACUGGCCCAGUCACAACCGCCACCACCGGUGUUGUUGAAACUACAACUUCAUUCCCAGGGGAAACAACCAAGAGUCAAGAAACAACAGUGGUUACAUCCAAACCCUCUGUUCUUACCACCACUACAAAACAACCAUCAAUAACUACGAAAGGAACUACCACCAAACCUGGAGAAACAACCAUAUCAGAGGAAACAACAAUACAGGUUGAGACAACAAAACCACCUAAAAUAGUGACCACUGGCCCAGUCACAACCGCCACCACCGGUGUUGUUGAAACUACAACUUCAUUCCCAGGGGAAACAACCAAGAGUCAAGAAACAACAGUGGUUACAUCCAAACCCUCUGUUCUUACCACGACUACAAAAAGACCAUCAAUAACGACGCAAGGAACUACCACCAAACCUGGAGAAACAACCAUAUCAGAGGAAACAACAAUACAGGUUGAGACAACAAAACCACCCAAAAUAGUCACCACUGGCCCAGUCACAACCGCCACCACUGGUGUUGUUGAAACUACAACUUCAUUCCCAGGGGAAACAACAGAGGGUGAAGAAUUAACAGUGGUUACAACCAAACCCUCAAUUCUUACCACCACUACAAAAGGACCAUCAAUAACAACGGAAGAAACUACCAUCAAGCCUGUAGAAACAACCAUAUCAGAGGAAACAACAAUACAGGUUGAGACAACAAAACCACCUAAAAUAGUCACCACUGGCCCAGUCACGACCGCCACCACUGGUGUUGUUGAAUCUACAACUUCAUUCCCAGGGGAAACAACCAAGAGUCAAGAAACAACAGUGGUUACAUCCAAACCCUCUGUUCUUACCACCACUACAAAAGAACCAACAAUAACUACAAAAGGAACUACCACCAAACCUGGAGAAACAACCAUAUCAGAGGAAACAACAAUACAGGUUGAGACAACAAAACCACCUAAAAUAGUCACCACUGGCCCAGUCACGACCGCCACCACUGGUGUUGUUGAAACUACAACUUCAUUACCAGGGGAAACAACCAAGAGUCAAGAAACAACAGUGGUUACAUCCAAACCCUCUGUUCUUACCACCACUACAAAAGGACCAUCAAUAACAACAAAAGGAACUACCACCAAACCUGGAGAAACAACCAUAUCAGAGGAAACAACAAUACAGGUUGAGACAACAAAACCACCUAAAAUAGUCACCACUGGCCCAGUCACAACCGCCACCACCGGUGUUGUUGAAACUACAACUUCAUUCCCAGGGGAAACAACCAAGAGUCAAGAAACAACAGUGGUUACAUCCAAACCCUCUGUUCUUACCACCACUACAAAAAGACCAUCAAUAACGACGCAAGGAACUACCACCAAACCUGGAGAAACAACCAUAUCAGAGGAAACAACAAUAAAGGUUGAGACAACAAAACCACCUAAAGUAGUCACCACUGGCCCAGUCACAACCGCCACCACCAGUGUUGUUGAAACUACAACUUCAUUCCCAGGGGAAACAACCAAGAGUCAAGAAACAACAGUGGUUACAUCCAAACCCUCUGUUCUUACCACCACUACAAAACGACCAUCAAUAACAACAAAAGGAACUACCACCAAACCUGGAGAAACAACCGUAUCGGAGGAAACAACAAUAAAGGUUGAGACAACAAAACCACCUAAAAUAGUCACCACUGGCCCAGUCACAACCGCUACCACCGGUGUUGUUGAAACUACAACUUCAUUCCCAGGGGAAACAACCAAAAGUCAAGAAACAACAGUGGUUACAUCCAAACCCUCUGUUCUUACCACCACUACAAAAGAACCAUCAAUAACUACGAAAGGAACUACCACCAAACCUGGAGAAACAACCAUAUCAGAGGAAACAACAAUACAGGUUGAGACAACAAAACCACCCAAAAUAGUCACCACUGGCCCAGUCACAACCGCCACCACCGGUGUUGUUGAAACUACAACUUCAUUCCCAGGGGAAACAACCAAGAGUCAAGAAACAACAGUUGUAACAUCCAAACCCUCUGUUCUUACCACCACUACAAAAAGACCAUCAAUAUCGACGCAAGGAACUACCACCAAACCUGGAGAAACAACCAUAUCAGAGGAAACAACAAUACAGGUUGAGACAACAAAACCACCUAAAAUAGUCACCACUGGCCCAGUCACAACCGCCACCACCGGUGUUGUUGAAACUACAACUUCAUUCCCAGGGGAAACAACCAAGAGUCAAGAAACAACAGUGGUUACAUCCAAACCCUCUGUUCUUACCACCACUACAAAAGGACCAUCAAUAACAACAAAAGGAACUACCACCAAACCUGGAGAAACAACCGUAUCAGAGGAAACAACAAUAAAGGUUGAGACAACAAAACCACCUAAAAUAGUCACCACUGGCCCAGUCACAACCGCCACCACCGGUGUUGUUGAAACUACAACUUCAUUCCCAGGGGAAACAACCAAGAGUCAAGAAACAACAGUGGUUACAUCCAAACCCUCUAUUGUUACCACCACUACAAAACGACCAUCAAUAACGACGCAAGGAACUACCACCAAACCUGGAGAAACAACCAUAUCAGAGGAAACAACAAUACAGGUUGAGACAACAAAACCACCUAAAAUAGUCACCACUGGCCCAGUCACAACCGCCACCACCGGUGUUGUUGAAACUACAACUUCAUUACCAGGGGAAACAACCAAGAGUCAAGAAACAACAGUGGUUACAUCCAAACCCUCUGUUCUUACCACCACUACAAAAGGACCAUCAAUAACAACAAAAGGAACUACCACCAAACCUGGAGAAACAACCAUAUCAGAGGAAACAACAAUACAGGUUGAGACAACAAAACCACCUAAAAUAGUCACCACUGGCCCAGUCACAACCGCCACCACCGGUGUUGUUGAAACUACAACUUCAUUCCCAGGGGAAACAACCAAGAGUCAAGAAACAACAGUGGUUACAUCCAAACCCUCUGUUCUUACCACCACUACAAAAAGACCAUCAAUAACGACGCAAGGAACUACCACCAAACCUGGAGAAACAACCAUAUCAGAGGAAACAACAAUAAAGGUUGAGACAACAAAACCACCUAAAGUAGUCACCACUGGCCCAGUCACAACCGCCACCACCAGUGUUGUUGAAACUACAACUUCAUUCCCAGGGGAAACAACCAAGAGUCAAGAAACAACAGUGGUUACAUCCAAACCCUCUGUUCUUACCACCACUACAAAACGACCAUCAAUAACAACAAAAGGAACUACCACCAAACCUGGAGAAACAACCGUAUCGGAGGAAACAACAAUAAAGGUUGAGACAACAAAACCACCUAAAAUAGUCACCACUGGCCCAGUCACAACCGCUACCACCGGUGUUGUUGAAACUACAACUUCAUUCCCAGGGGAAACAACCAAGAGUCAAGAAACAACAGUGGUUACAUCCAAACCCUCUGUUCUUACCACCACUACAAAAGAACCAUCAAUAACUACGAAAGGAACUACCACCAAACCUGGAGAAACAACCAUAUCAGAGGAAACAACAAUACAGGUUGAGACAACAAAACCACCCAAAAUAGUCACCACUGGCCCAGUCACAACCGCCACCACCGGUGUUGUUGAAACUACAACUUCAUUCCCAGGGGAAACAACCAAGAGUCAAGAAACAACAGUUGUAACAUCCAAACCCUCUGUUCUUACCACCACUACAAAAAGACCAUCAAUAUCGACGCAAGGAACUACCACCAAACCUGGAGAAACAACCAUAUCAGAGGAAACAACAAUACAGGUUGAGACAACAAAACCACCCAAAAUAGUCACCACUGGCCCAGUCACAACCGCCACCACCGGACCAUCAAUAACAACAAAAGGAACUACCACCAAACCUGGAGAAACAACCGUAUCAGAGGAAACAACAAUAAAGGUUGAGACAACAAAACCACCUAAAAUAGUCACCACUGGCCCAGUCACAACCGCCACCACCGGUGUUGUUGAAACUACAACUUCAUUCCCAGGGGAAACAACCAAGAGUCAAGAAACAACAGUGGUUACAUCCAAACCCUCUGUUCUUACCACCACUACAAAAAGACCAUCAAUAACGACAAAAGGAACUACCACCAAACCUGGAGAAACAACCAUAUCAGAGGAAACAACAAUACAGGUUGAGACAACAAAACCACCCAAAAUAGUCACCACUGGCCCAGGUGUUGUCACUGGAGGGCCCAAAACAACAAUUCCAAUAACAAAACCUUCCAUUUUGAACACCACUUCAUCUGCAACAACUAGCACAAAAUUGACAGGCACUACAUCAAUUGGCCCAGUAACACAGACCCUUCCUUUCUUUACAACUGUUUAUAAUACUGGUUCAACCACAACACCCCUGAUCAGUACAACUACCACAUUAUGUGCCUGUAUUGUCAAUGGAACUUCCUAUCGUCCAGGGGACUUGGUGUACAAUGUCACUGAUGGCUUAGGGUGGUGUUUCGUUGCACAUUGCAGUGCAUCUUGUAAAGUUGAGAAACAGUCCACUCCGUGUCCCACAACACCGAUACCCAGCACAACUGUACAUUCUACAGUGAUCAUCACCACUACAAAAUCAACCUUUUCUACCACCACAAGAAUUCCUACUUCCACUCCAUUAACAACUACCCUGGACUGCAAUGAUGAGUAUCCACCAAGAAAGAAUGGAGAGUCCUGGACAGUUGACAACUGCACCACAGCUAUUUGCACCAAUGGCAAGGUCACAAAGACACCUAAGCCCUGUCCCACAGUACAGCAACCCAUUUGUGCCAAUGGACGUAAAGUUGUGAAGGGCUAUGAUGAUCAUGGAUGUUGCCCCCACUAUGAAUGUGAAUGUGUGUGCAGUGUCUGGGGUGGAUCCACCUACAAUACAUUUGAUGGAAAAUCAUACCGUUUCAACAAAGAGUGCUCUUACUACCUUGUCAAAGAGAUUAUUACCAAAUAUAACCUGACUAUUACAUUAAAUAAACAUGACUGUGAUCCUUCAGAAAUCACAUUCUGUCCCCAGGCUCUCACUGUUACAUACCAGUCCUAUGAGGUAGUACUGACUCGGCGGUUGAAGACUUCAGGAACAGAAGCUAAUGCGGUUUAUGUGAAUCAGAAACGCAUCUAUCCAGCUUACAGCAAUUCUGUCCUGCGCAUCAUUGGCACAGAUAUGAUAGUAUUAUUGAUUAUACCGGAGAUCAAGACAGUAGUGACCUAUAGGGGCUCCACAUUCAGCAUUGACAUUCCCAAUUCUCUCUUUGGUGGGAACACUGAGGGACAGUGUGGAACCUGUGACAACUCCCCGAACAAUGAUUGUCGUUCUCCCAACGGCCAGGUGGAAAACUGCACAGAAUCUGCAGGCCAGUGGCGUGUGCCGGAUAUACCCUGUGUCACCCCCACAACUCCACCUACAAUGACUACUACAAUGACACCCCAGACCGCCUCAACACCACCACAGUCAACAACCCAGUCUGUUUGCAAACCUGCCAUUUGUGAUCUCCUAACGAGCAGCGUAUUUGCUCCGUGCCACUCAGUCAUAGCCCCAGGACAAUUUGUGCAAUCCUGUGUGAAUGACAUUUGCAAUGGUGGCAAUGAUAGCUGUUCCAGCCUAGAGGCCUAUGCUUCUGAGUGCUCUAAUGCAGGAGUCUGUAUUGACUGGAGGAAUGACACCAAUGGGCAGUGCGAACACAAGUGUCCAAGUGGAAAAGUGUACAUGGCCUGUGGUCCUGCUGUAGAGCGUACGUGCAAUGAAAGAUACAACAAGAAGUUCAAGAUAGAUGCCUCCACUAACUACACUGAGGAGGGUUGCUUUUGUCCUGAAGGCACCACCUUAUUCAACACAGUCUAUGAAACAUGUGUUAAAUCCUGUGAUUGUGUUGGACCUAAUGGACAACCCAAACAGCCUGGUGAAACAUGGACAAGUGACUGCAGCAACUGUGUGUGUGACAAGGAUUCAAUGAGUGUCCAGUGCCAGCCUAUUGAGUGCCCAUCAGUACAGAGUCCCAACUGCAGCGAGCCUGGCCAGCAGCUGGUCAACAAAACAGACGACUGCUGCACAACGCAGUCAUGUGAAUGCAACACCAACCUGUGUCCCACUCCUCCCACUUGCAAACUGGGAUUCUAUCUCACUGUCACUAACGACACCUGCUGCCAAUCCUACAAGUGUGAACCUAAAGGUGUAUGUGUCCAUGACAUGACUGAGUACAAACCUGGUGAAAAAAUACCCACCACACCACAAACAACAUCAGAACCACCAACAGAAGCACCAGCAUCACCAUCAGGAUCGAGACAAACAUCUGGAACAACAGCAUCACCAUCAGGAUCAGGACAAACAUCUGGAACAACAAUGCAACCUUUCAAGCCUGGCCCCUGUCAGGAGUGUUAUUGUGGCCCCAAAAUGGAUCCCAUCACCAAGCUAAACAUCAUUAACUGCAAACCUGUUGUCUGCAAAACAGACUGCUCUGAAGGUUAUGAAUAUCAGACUGUACCUGGCAAGUGCUGUGGGAAGUGUGUUCAGAAGAGCUGUAUUUUCACCACACCUGACAACACAACGCAAAUCAUUGAGGUGAAUGACACGUUUGUACCCCCCAAUAACAAGUGUGUGAAAUAUACAUGUGAGAAGAUCAAUGGACAACUUGUUACCAAGGAGACUGAGACCACCUGUCCUCACUUUAAUCCCUUGGACUGUGAACCGGGCACCGAGACAACUGACGCCAAUGGAUGCUGCAAAACCUGUAAGUUACGCAGUGUCUGUGAGGUCCAGAGUAAUGAGACAGUCAUCGAGGUGAAUGGCUGUAAGAGCGUGCAGCCAGUCAACAUGACAUCCUGUGCUGGACACUGUGGAAGCUCAUCUAUAUAUUCUGCAGCGGCUAAUAAGAUGAUGCACCAGUGUGAGUGUUGCCAAGAGGCCACCACCAGUCAGAAGCAAGUGGAGCUGACCUGUGCCGACAACUCCAAAGUCCAGCACACCUACACUGUCGUGGAAACGUGCAGCUGCAGAAAAACAGAGUGUGUGGAGGGGACCACAGCCAAACUACAGCGCCGGCGGAGACGCUGA